GUCAAUUUGACAAUACAAAACAAUAACACGCUAAAGUUAGGUUAUAAGCGCCACAAAAUGUUUAGAAAAUUAAGAAUAACUCGUUUCUCAACGCUUUACUCUAAUUAUUCAGUUAAAGUAGAGAUAGACACCAAUUUAAAAGAUAAAUUUGAAAGCAAGGAGUACAAACCUCGCAAGCACCCGGGAACUACGCGAAUAAAAUUGGCAGCGUUACCUCCCGAUAUAGUUAAGGCCAUAAAAAUUGUUUUAGACGAUUCAGGCGCCCGUUCUAUGGUCCAGGACAGCGUCAAGCUCAGCAACUAUCUUCGCUCACGCUUACUUCCGCCAGAAGGAGACAUUGACCAGAAAGCAGCAAAAAUUCACGACAAAAUUUCAAAGAAAGCGUAUUCCAAGAUCGGUGAUAAUGUGUCUGAAGACGAAGUUUAUCAGUUAAAUAAGCAGGUGCAAGCUAAAGUAUUUAACGUUUUAAAGGCGAAUGUUUACCGCUGGGGUAACAUUUCAUACGACAAUGCGACAUGUUUACAAUAUUUGAUGUCUAGAGCCGCUCCCGAGUACGCCGUACUAGUACGUGUGUUAGAUGAAAUAAGAAUGAAAUAUCCGGACUACAAGCCAAGAAGCUUCUUUGACUUUGGCUCUGGUGUGGGAACAGGCACAUGGGCUGUUAACAACUAUUGGAACGGGGAUAUCUUUGAAUAUUUCUGUGUCGACACCUCACCGCACAUGCAUGAUUUGGCAAGACUACUCCUAUGUCAAGGGAAAGACAAUGUAACAAUGCCUUUGAAAGGCUAUUUCCAACGGCAGUUCCUCCCCGCAUCAACAGAUCUGAAGUAUAACAUAGUUUUAUCAGCAUUUUCAUUAUUUGAACUGCCAAGUAUACAAGCAAGGCUGGAAACUAUUCAAAAACUUUGGAAGAAAACGGAAGAUUUCCUAAUAAUAGUUGAGCAAGGCACAAACGCUGGCUUCCAAAUUGUGAAUGAAGCUAGAGAAUUUGUGUUAAAUUUACCUAAAGGCAAAAAUAAUGGUUACGCAUUUUCACCAUGUCCAAAUGACAAUGUAUGCCCAAGGUAUUUAGAGUUGAAAACACCUUGUAACUUUAUUAUGAAGUACGAAUCAUUGCCAUAUCCUUCAAAAUCAGAUGUGGGUGCAGAAUUGUUCUCAUAUGUGAUACUAAAGAAAGGUGUGCGUCCGUCCGAUGAUCCACAGUGGCCUAGGAUAGUCCGAGCACCGAUUGUCCGCUCUGGGCAUACAAUUUGUAGGUUAUGUACGAAGCAAGGAGAGCUGCAAGAGAUCAUAUUCUCCAAGUCUAAGUUUGACCAGACGACGUAUAGGUGUGCUAGAUCCAGCAAUUGGGGAGACUCGUUACCUGUGAAAUAAAUUAUU